AAAGCAUUGUCCACAGGCAGGCUUUAUGGCUUCGUACGAACCCCGCUUAUUCUGGCGUGGGUGCCCAAGAACUGGUAUUGGUAAACGUGAAUUGUCUGUCGUGUGCUCUCCGAUUCGAUUUCGUGCGAGUGGCUGAGAGCAUCACCAACAUCAACAUGCCACUGCAACUCGGCACGCCACACACCAACCUGCCUAGCAGCACGGGCAACACCAGUAAGGGCCGCAGCCGCAAGCCCGAACACUCAGUGAGUACGACGAGCACAGCGGCCAAAGCUGCUCCUGUUGCGGAAGCUUCCCCGGCUCCGCCUCCCCCGCCCGGUGGUACGAUUUCGACUGCUGGUACUACAUCAAAUCCAGCCCGACCCAACGCCGCGGAAUCGCAAAGUAAAUCGUCCGGCGCGAAGUUUCUCACAUCUCGGCUGCAUGCGGUGUCCGUUCGCGGGCAACUCGCGUGGGCGUUUUCACGCUUGGACCGGCACGCUGUCGUGGAAAGGGUGAAAGAAAAAUGCACAGGUCGGCUGCGCGAAAUCCGCGCGGUUCUCAGCGAGCUGCAAGCGGUAAACACCGCAGCACGUCAACCCUCCGCUUCUAAGAAGAGCCGGCUGCUGAAGGGCGCCAAACUUGAAGAGGAUCAUUGGGGCGGAGUCUCAGUUUCUGUUUCAGGUUCAGCUGAAGAUGCUGGGGAGGGGGAACAACUGUCGGCAACAACAUCUUCGAAGCCGCUGCGGCGUCAUCUUGAACAAACAGAGGACGGCUCUGCCUCAGGACCUUCUUCGCCCGCCGGGGUAAGAACAGUUUUCGAUGUUGUUGCGACACCAAUUCUUGCACAAGAUAAUUUCAAGUGGAUGAUGAUAGGUGUAGUGGAUAAAUACAAGUUGCGGAUUGAUAGUUGUCACUGUUCGUUGUCGUUUGCAUGCGCCAAAGACCAAGACAAUGUUGACACCAUGGUAUCUUCAUAUACAAACUGAGAGCAUCAUUUCCUGCAUUCGAUACAGGUUCUUUCCUCGCCUGAAAAGUACGACAUUCCUUCCGAGUCCGUGCCAACGCAGCCGGCAAGUCAACAACGUGCGAAAAUAAACAGUGGUUUUUAUGCAGCAGCUGCCCGCACGAAGAGGAAAAACCCACCGCCGGCAGUUGCGACCAUGGAACAAGUGGUGAAGGGCACGUCAGCUCUUGUUCAUCUGGCGAAUAAAAAUCCACCAGCCGGUGGUCCGACCGCGAGCAGCUCGAGCUCAGCCACACGACGCGUCAACGCUGGAAAGCCGCCACCGAAAAUUCACCACAAUCCAGGUAGUGCUGCAACGAGGGCGAUCUCGGUUGACUCGCAGCGGCCUAGGGGCGGCGGAGUCUUUGGACCAUUGACGCGUAGGAUUUUCUACUGUUCUGGUUGUUGUACUGCAGUUUCUACUUCUACUUUUGAUGGAGUGAGAACUUCUACACGACGAAGAAACCAGUCAGCAUGUUGUAUGUUAAAAGCGCUUUGAAGCCAGACACAGGAUAGGCAAUCGUUCUAGAUGAAUUUGUACGCAAAUAAUAAACAGCCCUGAACCUCCGCGAGGUGCUGACACCCCGAGAGCCGCUCGGGCGCAGUACCGCCAACUUUGGUUUUCAGCCUCUCAAACGCUGCGCUGUCAAUGAUCCGCGCGAACAAGAAGAACCGCAGCUGACGGAGCUGCAGGGAACUGCGAGUAAGGCCAAGAUCAACAAUAUCGGAGGUACAACUUCUAGGACGAGUGCCGGUUCUUGGAAGACAACUGGUGGAGUUGUACUAGCCCAGCAUGGGGCAUCUGCUCUUGCGGACAGCAAGAAUGGUUCCACACCCACCGCCGGUGCUUCUUCGGUGGGAACACUAAAAAAUCCCUCUAACACCACAACCCCUGCUGCAACCAGUUCCGGCACCACCUCAGCUGCCAGUACGCGAGGGGGCGUGCGGCCGAAGGGCAAAGCAAAAGUAACUGGAGCUUCGUCGUCCAAUGUCGCCCCAAUUACACAACAGUUUCCUGGGGAACAAGAGGAUCAAGAUCCACCAAUUGCGGCGAACAAAAUCAUGAAGACUGCCGGCGGAGCUGUACAAGUAGCUGGGACCGCAUCUUCUUCCACCUCCGGGCAGAUGAACCACAGCGGUGCAAAGACAGUGGCCGGAGCUGCGCCUGCCUCGUGGGUGAAGCCGGCCGUUUCGCCCCUCGGGGGCCGCGGCACGACAUCUUCUGCGUUUGCGGUGGGCAAGGGAGGGUACUACUAUAGUACUCAGUACUUCUUGUUCUUUUUUUCGUUUUUGCAGGAAAAGUUUGCAGCUGCCUCACGUCGACUGCGGUCGCGUCGGCCAGUUCUGUUCAUCCCAGUUCCUCCUAGCGCACUCAUUGUGAAAUGCCUCUGUAGUCGCUGUGUGUGUGUGUGUGUGUGUGUGUGUCGAGAAAUGAUCAGCAAAGGAUUGUUGACAUCAUCUGGUGGCUCUACUUCCAAAGCAGCGUGAUGUUGAAAAAAGAUCCUCACAACGAUUCACCAGGCCGGCGACGACAUCCAUUUUCGGUUUUCUUUCGCCACCGAUGACGGGAAGAGGACCUCCCGGUGGUAGUACAGCUGGGCAAACGCAGCUCAACUACAACUACAUGUUGCGCAAAGGCAGCGGCGAGUACCAGCACCAGCAGCAAGGCAACCCGCCGUGGAAUUUCAACUCGAACAAGCCGCGCACCGCGUCCGUUUUUGCAAGGUCCAGCACAGGUUGUAUUAGCAGUGGUAGUAGUGCUGGUCAUCAUCAUCAACAACAUCCGCGUAGUUGUGCUACUUCUAGUAGCAGUCACCUAUCCUCGGUUGCCAACACACCCUCGUCAUCCUCCAGCCGGAACACUGCAAACCAGAAGAACUUGGUUGCAGGAGCUCCGAAUAAAAAACGACCCAACUUGGAGCAGAUCUGCCUCGAGGGAUCGGAGGAAGUAGAAGGGCGUCAAAAUUCUAGGAAGAGACCUCCCGGUGCUGUUGGUCUGGCAGCUCCAGCUUCAUCUGAUUCUGCAACCAAAGUUCCGUUUGAAGAUGUGGUUCCGGCAGAUGAGACUCAUGGAGGUCCACAUGGAAAUAAAAUCAGUUCCCCGCGAACUACAAGCGACGUCCACCACCAAAAGCACCCGGCGGGUAGAGGCCUGCAGCAGGUCCUGGACCAGCACAGUGACGACGCUGCAAAUUUUUACGGUGGCGUGGAGAUCAACGAGGAGCCAGAAAAGACAGCGAUUGCCUGCACUACUGCAGCGAAGAACAAUUCUUACCCAGGGUCUAACGCGGCGGCCGCAGCGAGUACUACUAGUACAACGACAGCAAGCACAAGCAGUCGACCGGGGCAGAAAUCCAGAUUCAUUUUCGCAGGCAAGAAUCAUACCUCUGCUUCUUCUUCGCAAGCCAAUGCGACAGCAGUACAACAGCAUCCUACGUCCCGUGGUCGCGGAACCGCAAACAAGCAAGACGCGCAGCAGGGCCGACGGCAAAAAACGCACCCGUCUUUUCUUUUGCAUCGUGGCACCACGACGGUGCCAGCGGCGAAAGGACAGGUCGGUGGGGUAGUUGGUGGUGCAGCGGAAGUAGAUCUGCAAGAGACGCGAACUGGAAAAACUCCUGCUGUGUCGCACCAGCCGCAGUUUAGUAUUGACCAAGAAGAAGAAUCUGGCACUGCUGGCCCAGUGCGUAGUACCGCGUUGAAAAGCUGCAGCAAAAAAGCCGCGGCUCCUGCCGCGACCACGCCUUUGCAAGAAGAAGUAGAAAAAGCAACACUCACUCAGGAAAAUAAGUUGAGUGUGGUCCCUAGCACCGAGCUUUCUGGCGCUGGGCACCUUGCCGCGGCGCGGAUUCGGGCCAACACCUUUCUGAGUCCGCGCGGCUUUGUUGGCACCACGACAGCGGCUCAACAGCACGGAGCUUUGUCUGCUUGCGUUCCGCCGCCCAGGACUGUGGUCGGAGGAGGAAUCAAUAGUGCCGGCGUGACGCAGACGAGCUCAACGAUCCCAGGAACGACCAUGACCACCGCAAAAAAUCAGCGGAACAGCUCGGUGUCAAACACUUCAUCAGCCGCAUCAGCUGCUGCCCAGACUCCGAACAGCAACCUGCGAAUCAGCGCGCCCCUGAUUCCCAAUUUUUCCAAGGCGUUCGCGACGCCAAUGGUGGGCGCGAGAGAGCUGUUGGUCGCUCAAAGCACUGGCAGUAGCCGGGACGAUCAGGAUGGUGGCAGUACUAACUACAUCAACGGAGCAGCAGGGCCGCGGGGUGUUGGGGCGGGGAGCAAGCGGUUUUUCGGCAUGUCCGUGUCUCCUCCACCAUUGUAUCGGCUGCAGGUUCUUGGGGGAAGCGCAGCAGCUGGCGCCGCACCAACUCCCGAAACCAGCCCUCCGGGUGGUUCGACAGGAAUGUGGAAAAUGGCGUUUCAGCAAUGAAAAUAAAUAGAAAUAAGUAUGAAAGUUUAGUAGGUCUCUCGUCGUGCAGAAGUACGAGAAGCAGUAAAUACGUCUGAUAUGAUGUGAAAAUGAGUACUGAAAUAAAUGCUACGUUGUGUUGAAAGCGCUCUGAGUAGUUUCGCUCUGGUGUUGAAAGUUGUAUCUUCAUAGAUACGUCGAUUUUUUGUAGAAUCUUUGUCAGAUAGUGAUAGAAGACCAAAGCGAAAAAGAAAUACGAAACGUGAACAAUUUCAAUGGUUGAUAACAAUUUUUUGGGACGACAACGAUGCGGAUGCCUAUGCUAACGAUGUGCCCCCGCAGCCAGGUUCUUCGAACAUACAGAUACAGGUUAAAUUAUCCUUGACGUGGGAUAAAACAAAAGCAAAA